UUUUACUCAAAACAACAACCUGUUUUUCGUACAUUCCAAAGUUAAGAAACAAACAGGAAGUUGUUUGAAAAAUUGGUGAUAAAAUAUCUAAAUUUUGCCAAAAAUUAAACCGCAAGUUAUCAUGAUUACGAAAGGAAAACAUACAUAAACAGAAAGCUGCCAAAAUUUUCGAUCACAACACGAGUGAUUUAGUUAAAACGAACCAAAAUAUGUCAUCAAGCGACCAAAACAAUGCCUUGGAUAUGCAAGCUGUUGGAAAUUUCCGCCAAUACUUGCAAAUCCCUUCGGUGCACCCAAACAUAAAUUAUGAUUCAUGCGUCAAGUUUCUGGAAAACCAGGCCAAGAGCCUGGACCUCCCCAUAAAAACCUACUUCAUGGUGCCCAAAAAACCCAUCGUGGUGCUCACAUGGGUGGGCAGCGAACCCAGCUUACCGUCGAUUUUGCUCAACAGCCACAUGGACGUGGUGCCGGUUUUCGAGGAUAAAUGGACCCACAAACCCUUCAGUGCCCAUCUGGACGAGCAAAACAACAUCUACGCCAGAGGCACCCAAGACAUGAAAUGUGUGGGAAUCCAAUACUUGGAAGCUGUUCGAAGACUAAAACAGCAAGGGGUGGCUUUGAAGCGGACGCUCCACAUUUCGUUCGCUCCUGAUGAGGAAAUCGGGGGUGGAGAUGGGUGGAAAAAAUUCGUCCACAGUAAAGAGUUUCAAGAGUUGAAAGUUGGGGCGACGCUAGAUGAGGGAAUAACGUGCGAAAGCGACGAGUUUGUUGUUUUCUAUGCUGAGCGUUGCCCUUGGCAGUUUCACAUCCAUUGCCCCGGGAAACCUGGACAUGGGUCCCUCCUUCUGGAGGACACAGCAGGGGAAAAAGUUUCCUAUAUUUUGUCCAAACUGUACGAGUUCAGAAAAGGGGAGAAGCAAAAACUGGACGAUAACCCGACUUGGACCAUUGGGAACGUCACAGCAUUGAAUUUAACCCAAAUCAAAGGUGGGGUACAAACUAACGUAGUGCCCCCUGAAUUCGUCAUAACGAUCGAUUGUCGAAUCCCUCCAAACGUUGACUUGGAAAAAUUCGAAGCAACUCUGAACCAAUGGUGCAAAGAAGCAGGUUCAGGCGUUUGGAUCGAAUUCAUAGAUAAAGCCUCACAUGUCACACCAACUAAACUAGACGAUUCAAAUCCCUAUUGGCUCGCAUUUAAAAAAGCAACUGAUAAACUGGGUUUAAAACUGAAACCACAAAUUUCUCCAGCUGUUAGUGAUACUAGUCAUAUACGAAGAGUUGGACUGCCAGGAAUAGGGUUCUCACCAAUCAAUCAUACCUCAGUGGCUUUACAUAAACAUGAUGAGUAUCUACCUGUUCAAGUUUUUUUGAAAGGCAUUGAAAUCUACUGCGAAAUUUUGAAAUCUCUCGGAAACGUUGAAGAAACAACGAAAGAAAAAACAGUACAGAAUUGAUUUAUAAAGUUAAUGGCUGGCUUGUAAUUACUUUACAAAUAAAGGACUCAAUCUGAAA